AUGGCGUCAGCAACGGGCAUCACGCCCACGCAAGAGUCGGCCUUUCGCCGGGGCACCUACCAAGGGAAACAAUUGACCCCGAAGCAGCGCGAGGAACUGAUGAAACCCUUCCUGCCAUCCGAGCCUACCUCAUCGUCCGAUCGCGAAAUCCAGAAAGCUGCAGCCAGUCGCCGGCGCAAACCAUCAUCCAAGAAGCGCACGGGGCCUAUUAAGGCGCUUGUAUACUUUCUCGUAUACCACGUUAUCGCACUACUGUUCUCGGUCUUCUUUCGCUUCCGCCGUGCGUACAGGCUUGUUAGGGGCAAGGUCGUCGAACUGCUCAAGUACCACCACCGUACGCCGGAGUUCAUUGCGCACGAUGUCAAGACACUCCAAAAGCUGCCAAAGCAUCUGAGCGUAAUCGUGGACUACCAAGAAGACGAUGAACAUCAGGGCAAUGCAGGGUUGGAAGGACUGGUCAACGAUGUAUGCGAGAUUGCAGCUUGGACUGCGUCUGCUGGAAUCCCGUUCUUAAGCGUGUAUGAGAGGACUGGUGCGCUUAAGAACUACCUGCCCCAAACCCACGCAAGCAUAUGGAACACCCUCGAAGCCUACUUUGGCCCCCGCAGAAAGCCUACCCUCUCCCUCCGCGCACCGCACCUCAGCUCCUACUCCCCGCCCAACACUCCUCCGCACACCGCAGACUCAGGCGAAGAUCCUAAGGAAGAACGCCAGCACCUUACGGUCCUGCUUCUCUCCGAACACGAUGGUCGCGACACAAUUGUUGAUUUGACAAGAACCCUGGCGGAAAUGGCGCAAAAGGGUGAUGUCAGACAAGAACAGAUCAACAUGGACCUGAUCGAUGCGCAGUUGAGUGAUCACGUCAGCAGCGAGCCGGAUCUGUUGAUCUUGUUCAGCCCGACUGUGCAGCUCAAGGGAUACCCGCCGUGGCAGUUGAGGUUGACUGAGAUGUUCCAUUUGCCUGACAACAAGGGCGUCAACUACCAGGUCUUCCUGCGAGCGCUCUACAACUUUGCAAAGGUUGAGAUGCGUCUCGGAAGGUAG